CACAUAAACCACACUCAUAAUAAUAUAUAUAUGUAUUUACGAACCGCACACGUCAAUGUAGUAUAUACUAUAUAUAUUUAAAAAGAUUUACGAGCGAUCACCGAUAAUUGAUAUCUGUGGACCUUGGAAUACUGGAUUCUGGUGUCCGAAAAAAUUGGUGUUAGUUGAUGCUGGAGUGAAAAUAUACUAUAAUAACGUGAUGUGGUGCUCCAUAAUUCUAAUUUAAGUUUUAACAUUUAAGGCUUAGUUAGGUACAUAGUUAAUUAGCACUCAUGAAGGCUCCAGUUGAGCCAAGUAAAGAAGAUUGUUGUAAUAGUGGAUGUAAUCCUUGUAUUUAUGAUGUGUAUGAGAAGCAAUUAAAGCUGUAUGAUAAAUAUAAAAAUAGUCAUAAUGUGCCUACAGAUCUUAAGCCAAAUGGAAUCUUGCAGGGUGAAUACACAUCAUUUGUGGCAACUAAUGUAUUAAUCUUAUGUAAGUCUCAUAAGCUGAUAAAAUUUAAAAAAAAGGAUAGUGGUCACAGAGUAUUCUGGAAAGUAGGUGAACAUUUUUAUAUUUUAUUUAAAAAAGACAGCCAGAAAUGUUCUCGUGCCUAUACACCCAUAAAACCUAAUGAAGAUGACUGUGAUUUUGAAAUUAUUGUAAAGGUAUAUGAAAAUGGCUUAGUAUCCAAUCAUUUAUAUAACUUAGUCAAAGGAGAUACUACUUUGUGGAGAGGGCCAUAUGGAGGUUAUGAAGUUACACCAAAUAAAUUUAAUAAUAUUGUUUUAUUUGCUCAAGGAACAGGUAUUAUACCAUUAAUCUCUAUUACUCAAGAAAUUUUAAAUAAUGAAGAUGAUAUGACUAAAAUAUUCUUGUAUUAUUGCACCCAUUCUAUAGAAACCAUUUUAUAUAGAGAAGAGUUGUAUAGUAAGAAGUCAUUUUGGAAUUUUUCAUACAAAGUAUAUCUAAGUUCAAGUUCAAAUUGUGCACUUAAAUAUGAGGAGCCAAUCUUAGAUAGGAAAUUAGAUGUUAGAGAUAUUGAAUUAUUAAAACCAGCUGAUGUCAAUCAAUAUGUAAUAUGUGGAUCAAAUGAAUUCAUGAGCUUUUAUAAAAAAUUCCUUGUAACAAAUGAAAUUUCUUUACAAAAUAUAAUAUUACUUUAGUUGGUUUAUAUUUUAAAUUAAAAUAAAAUGUUGGUCUUCACAUUUCAUCAUUAUUAUGUUUGCUUAAUCCAAAACAGAUCAAUAAGAAAAAAUAUAUAUCAUUGUUUAGUGAAUUUAAAUUGA